AUGGCGUCUCGCUUUCCGCCUCGAGAGCGAUCUCCCCAUCGGCAUAUCGACCGUCGCCCCGCCGCACCUCAAACCUCCUCCCAUAUCCCUUCUGGCCCUCGCGCUUCCGACGAUGGAAAUUCAACACCUCUGGGAAGGGAGCCCCCCCGUGGCCCAAAAGCUCUAAUUGACUCGUCAAGAGGCAUGUCUUUUGUCCCUCCUGGUCCUAGAGGCAGGGGCUUCCCAGCACGCGGUGACUUUAGAGACCGCGAGAGGGAUCAUGAUUCCCGAGAUAUGCGCGAUGGGUCCCUUUCAUUUAGAAGAGAUAUGGAUAGAGACUGGCCCCGAAGAGACCGUGUUUUUGAUUCCAGAGAUACCCGAGUUCCUUCUGGCCGUGGGAGAUCAAGGUCGCCUCCACUACGGGACUUUCGCGAUUCUAGAGAAUCAGCUCCUAGAGAUUCUGAUGCGUCCAGGAUACACCGAAAUUCCAGAGACGGGCCCACCGGUUCCGUAAUUGGGGUGCACGAUACAUCUCCUCCUUGUGGUCCGUCUCUGCGAGGCCGAGGCCGUGGCGACCGUGAGAGGGGGAGGGGCCGGGGCUUUUUGGACGAUCGCGACUCUUUCCGACGCAGGAGCCGUUCGAGGGAUGGAUGGAGGGAUCGUGAACGUGACCGCGACCGCGAUCGCGAUAGGGAUAGGGAUUUUGAACGCUAUGAUAGGUUUGAUAGGCGUGAAGAUGAUCGGCGUUCGGAACGAGAUGAUAGAGAACGUGAACGGCCUUGUGAACGCCCGGAAUCGUGGAGAAAAGAUCGACCCUCAACCAGAACCGAACUUAAAAGCACAUCAGCCGUCAUUCCUCCAGAUUCACCUACUCCAUCCUCGUCAUCCACGCUAAGUACUAAAAAAGUUGUCCAACCCGAAAUCCAUGAGUUAACUAGGAAACCCACAUUCCCGGCACAAAACACGGACGAUUCUUGGCAGGAGUCGGAUCGACAGGAGCGCCCUCCAGUUCGUUUAGAUGUGCCACAAAGUCGGCUCAUUUCACAACAUUCUCCUCCCCCAUCCGCCCCAGAAGUCCCUGCCUUCGGAUCCAUCAUCAGUCCCAACCCAAGCCCCAAUGACGUUCCUUCCACAUUAUCCACCCAAGCCAGGGGCUUAGCGGAAACUUCCACAACACCGACUACUAGUAAGCCAGAAAAGGAACAUGUGGAUGUGUCUUCUUCCUUGCCCGUAUUACCGCCUACUGGACCAAGAGCUGAGAGAUUAGAGUUUGAACACUCACAUGACGCCCGAAUCCCCCGUCAGCAUGUUCCAGAUGUUCGGGGGAAAGCUGAGGCACCACUUCGCCCAGCACGGCACUUUCCACCAUCAUCGAGAUCCCCGAGCAUGACUAUGCGUGAUCCAUCUGCCUUAGCAGGUGUAUAUGGUGGAAAGGAUGCAAUUCCUUCAUCAAUUCAGGCAGAUGCGACAUCCCAGGACACUAAGCCUCUGGGAUUACGAGCCAGCCCCCGACCAAACUCUUCAUCUGGAUCUCCACCUACCUCGCAAUCAAUGGGAGGAAUUUCACUCUCCCACCGGUCUAGCUCACCGCCUGUCCCGCCAUCCGCUUCAUUUAGGUCCCCUGGAUCGAAGACGUCUCCCCGAAUUUCUUUGACUUGUAUUCCCACAGGACCGCGAGCGCUUCAGAGAUCAAAUGCUCCAAGGAGCGCACCUAAACCUAGUAAUCAAUGGGUUCGCCCAGGGUAUGCGAGUCGUGGACCGUCCAUCAUGAAUUUUCCUUCCCCUAUAAAGCGCGACGUAUAUGAAGACAAGGAUCGAGGGUCAUUCAACGUGAUUGAUGUUUAUAAAUCUCACCAACUUGAGGGUUUCCCUCAUCGAGAAGAUUCCAAGUUAUCGCCACUUACUGAGCGGAUCGAUCGUCUUUCUGGUCAGGACGAAAACAAUGUUAUCAGAGUGGUUGUAGAUGCAUCCUCGGAAAAACAGGGGCUUUCUGCCACAAUUCCACCGAUAGCAGAGCAAGUCGCGGCCCCCCUCACGUUUGGACAGUCCAGCGGGGAAGAAACAGAUGAGGAAGAUGAUUUAGAUGAAGAAGACUUCAACGAGGGGGAGAAACGAUUUGAAAAGGAAAUGCAAGCUUUGGCUUCCGAAAUGCCACCCUCAACUCUUCAGGAUCCUGUUAUAGUUGACCUACUGCUGCAAAUUCAAAUGUUAGGUAUCCUCGCUGAGGGGGUUGUCCCCACAUAUAUGGACCUACCAGACGCGGCAAUUGAAAUUGAGAGACCAGAGCAACCUCCAGCUGUCAUUCCCGUAUCAGCAAGAGAAGCACAGGAUAUUGAAGUUCCGCCACCCUCGUCACCAAUUGCCCAAGCGCACACUGGCCCUCCCCUCGAAAUGUCAUCGCUCGAAAGCCUUCCUUUUCUCCAAUCUGGGCCACCUACACCUUUUUCCGAUAUAUCAGCUUAUCAAGAAACGAUUCGAUCGCACGAUCUGUUGAAGGAGGCUCUUCGCGAGGAAUUAGCGAAGCAGCGUAAAAGAACAUCCCUUCAGCAUCAGGAACUACGACGAGAGUAUGCUAAAUAUUACAAACCUUGGAGGAUGGCAGUGGAAGAACUUGAUCGCACGAGCAGACAAGAGAAGACAACCACUCCAGGUCCAUCCACCCCACCGUCAGCUUCGGGAACCGCUACUACACCAAGCGCCACCACCGAAGGAAGAAGAGGUUACAAACUUAACAGCGAGCUUGACUUCCAAAAUGCGCUGAUAGCGUCCACCAUUACUGCCCAAGAAGAGCAAGCACGUCGUCGUGAAAAGGAAGGGCCUGCGAAGCCAGAUAUAACUAAAGAAGCGCUCAUCCCGGAUAUGUUCGAAGAACAAGAGAGACAAGCUUUCGUUUUCAAAGACACGAACCAUGCCGUAGAUCCUGCUACUGCGUUUGAGGUUUUCGCAUUUCAUCCGACACCUGACGACUUCGCACCCGAGGAACAGAAGAUUUUCACAGAGGCAUUUUUAGCGCAUCCCAAAAAAUGGGGGAAAAUUGCGGAAUAUCUUCCAGGACGGGACUUUCAGGCGUGUAUCAAUCAUUACUAUUUUACAAAACAAGAAUUCAAGUACAAGGCCAAGUUGAACAGAAAAUAUGUUCGAAAACGCGGGAAAAGGACGCCUGCUACGAGAAAUCCCAAAUCAAAUGCUCUCAUGUCAGAUCUUGGUGUUCGGCCCGACGACGAAGUUGACGAAGCAGAACCACCUGCUGUCACUGAUACCGGCCGACCUCGACGAGCUGCGGCCCCGACUUUUGGUGAAGUUGGUCCGGAUACGGAGAACAGCACACCUACUCCCAGUUCGGGAAAAAGAGGAAACCACGUGAAGGAUCCAGCGGAUCCCGGAGCAGAGAAGGCUCCCAGCAGACGUGGCGGAAAAGCGGGAGGUGGACGCGGCGGUAAACGCGCAAAGGCACAACAGCAAUCCUCACUAACUACUCCAAUUGCUGUGACACCAAUAAUUGAACCCGACGGGCUAGCGGAUACGGUGCCAGAAUUGGUGGUUACCAAAAAGAAGGAAGAGCAGAAGGAUAUUGCUCCACAUCAUCUCACUCAACAAGGAAAACCUACCAAUGCAUGUGAGAAAGAAAACGUUUAUGUUUUCGACGCUGUCGAACCUGAAGUACCGGCAAAACCUGUCGAGACCAGAUCUGGGUUUCUCCAGCCCACAAGCUACUGGUCUGUACCGGAGCAACGCGAAUUUCCAGACCUUAUUAGACAUUUUGGGAAAAAUUUCGAAGCUAUCUCCCAAUAUAUGAGGACCAAAACCCCUACAAUGGUCAAAAAUUAUUUCCAGAGGCGUGUUGACUCUGGACAAACAACUUUGGAGGAAUACGCUGAGAUGGCUGAGGCCAAGAGGUUAAGUGGAGAAUCCCCAGGCCCUCUUCCAAUUCCAAAUAUCCCUCCCAAACGACGCUACGAAGCUACGCCAUCUUCUGUCUCUUCGCGGCCGCUCGCGCCAAAUACUGAAGCUACGGAGUCAGUGGAUGCGUCUCUGGCCUCCGAACCAAACGCCUCAACCGUUACUCUGUCGACUCCACACCCACCAGGGACUCAAACUCGAUCGCGACUCGAUGGGAACCGUUCUCAGCCUAGGUUUUACCCCCUCGCUCAAGCAACAGCCCUUCCCGGAACUCCACUACCACCAGCAAACGACGAGUUACGACCCCGUGCCAUUCGCCCCCAGCCGCAAACGCAACACAAUCAGCAAGGCCCUCGAGCUGGAUAUUUCAGCGACGAAAGAAAAGAUAACCUCACCAUAAUUCCUAUUCCUCCUCUCAGCGUUCGGUCUCCGGAGCUUCAAAGGCAAAACCAGCAACCGGAUGGGAAUUCUUUGCAGAAUCAGGGAAGAGGUUCCACUUUACACAUCCAAAAUUUGUCUCACAGUGACCUACUACCCCGACUUAAAGAGACUCAGGAAACAUUGCGGCCUCCUCAGUCGCUAACCCAACCUCCCCGCUUUUCUCAAACGCAAUAUCUUCAGCAGUCCCAGACAAACAGCCCGACUACCCCUGUGACACGGACACACUCGGGACGUUCGAGCAUAGCUAUUCCUACAUCGACAGCCGCAUCUCCCAUUCAGCGCGUCCCGAAACAAGAGUUUGAGCCAGCGAGUCUAGUUCGCAAUGAUACAGUUGAACCGCUGAAAUCAGUUCUGCCACCCCCCAACCAAUUCGUAGGUAUGAACCAACUGCCACCUACAAUGUCACCUACCAAAGAGAUUCCUCGUCCAAAUUCGACCCCGGCGCAAGUCUUCCUGGACCCUCCACGCCAAGUGCCUGCUAAACGGUCAAAUAUUAUGAACAUAUUAAAUGACUCCGAGGAGCCACCCUCGCGAAAGAGGUUUGUCAGUGAUCAAAACUUAGAGGCAAAAACUCCACAGCCAUACUCCAUAUCAAAGCCAAUAUACGAACAAUCGCAGUCCGUGACUCGCGAAGAGUCUGCGUACUCUAGCAGGCAACUCCCGCAACGGUCUCCAUACCCACCCCAACAAUCGCAAAACCCGCCACGAAAUCAACUACAAAACGCCGCGCAUCGCUCCUACUCUGAGCAUCCCAGCUAUUCUGUUAGCUCCAUGGCUGGAUCUGGAACGAUUAGCCAGGAUUGGAUGGCGAGGCUGGACCCGAGGGGCCAGCUGUCUCAAGCUACCGACCGUGGCAUUUCCCGUUUGCCAGCUCAGCAAACAUCAAACCUAGGAUAUAUGAGCGCUGCCCAACAGACCACAAACGCAGGGUCAAAUGUUCAUCAGCAAGCACACCAGCACCACCGUACCUCAUAUAACCCACAGGUAUCACAACAGACCCAGCAACACCCUCCUUAUCCUGACCUUAUAAGUCUGCCAAUGCAACCGCCCUCCCCACUCCAAAUUUCAGCUCCAACCCUAACCCAAAACCAGCAACACCCACCGUUUUCUCAAAGCCCCUUAAGUCAGCCACAGCAACGCCAGCAUCAUGCUUCAGCCGGACAUGAACUUGGACCCAAUCCCCAGCACAAUGGCCAGGGUGGUGGAAGUUCUGAACAUAUGCAGCCCAUUGUUCCACCUAGUUCCCCUACCCACCACCCCACCCUACGGCAAUCUCAUCAGCAGCAUCACCACCAGCGACACCAACACCUACCCCAGCAUAUCUCCUCGCUCGGUCCAGGAAAUCAACAUAGCACUGUAUCAUUCAGCCACAAUGGGUCGCAUUUGCAGCCGGGCCAUCUGACAUCUGGCAAUGCCUCUAUUUCCCCGCAGAACUCGCAUCAGAGCUCAAGUCUUGAGAGAUCCUACACCCCACCAUCAACUUUGCACCAACCUCCUCAAGGCCGGAUUUCGUUUCCUUCUAGUAUUGUCGCCGACCACCCUAACCAGGGACCACAGCAACAGGGGUUACAUCAAAUGCGUCAGCAUCACCAUCCGAAUCAGCAUCAACAUGAUCCCUAUUCUAAACACUCUGGGCAGACAUACCACCCCGCCUACUCGCGAGACUCAAGAUAAUGAAAGAAGAAGUGCAAUUUCUACCCCCUCCCUCACUCCCGCCUUUCCAAAGGGCCCUGAAGCCUAUAUUUUAUGAAAAUUAUCUGUAAUAACUGGCAUGUUCUGUUUGUGUAUGUUUUGCAUCAAGCCCUUCACUUGCUAAUCCCUUUCCUAUUGAUUAUUUAUUGGCCCAGCUCAUCUUUGAGAACAUGCUGUGUGGGGCAUUUCUUUUCCUCUAAAUUAAUGUAUGAUGGAGGUGGAAGGUUGGUUUAUUGUAACUAUCUAGCGGGCGCAGCGCUGCUUAAAUUG